GGGCGCUGCCCCGGGCGGGGGCGGCGCGAUGCGGAAGUGCGGGGCGGACUGGGCGACCCGCGGGCGGCGCAGCUCGGCGAGAGCUCAGCUCGGCCGCAGCGCCAGGCCGGGGCUCCAGGCUCCCCGCGGGCGCACGGCAGACAGAGCCCUUUGCCAUGAACCAGUCAGCCCCUGGGAUCCCCCCACCACCCCGCCGUGUGAGGCUGAAGCCCUGGUUGGUGGCCCAGGUAAACAGCUGCCAGUACCCAGGCCUUCAGUGGGUCAAUGGAGAAAAGAAACUCUUCUAUAUCCCCUGGCGCCAUGCCACAAGGCAUGGUCCCAGCCAGGAUGGAGACAACACCAUCUUCAAGGCCUGGGCUAAAGAGACAGGGAAGUACACAGAAGGGGUGGAUGAGGCUGACCCAGCCAAGUGGAAGGCCAAUCUGCGCUGUGCCCUUAACAAAAGCCGUGACUUCCAGCUCUUCUAUGAUGGCCCUCGAGACAUGCCACCUCAGCCCUACAAGAUCUACAAGGUCUGCUCCAAUGGCCCUACUCCUACAGAGUCCCAGCCCACUGAUGAUUACGCUCUGGGAGAAGAGGAGGAGGAGGAAGAGGAAGAGCUCCAGAAAAUGCUACCAGGCCUGAGCAUCACAGAACCUGUGCUACCUGGGCCUCCCAUAGCACCAUAUUCCUUACCCAAAGAAGACACCAAGUGGCCACCUGCUCUCCAGCCACCUGUAGGGCUGGGUCCCCCUGCCCCAGACCCAAAUCUCCUGGCCCCUCCUUCUGGAAAUCCUGCUGGCUUCGGGCAGCUUCUCCCUGAGGUCCUGGAACCCGGACCUCUGGCUCCCAGCCAGCCCCCUGCAGAACAACUCUUGCCUGACCUGCUGAUCAGCCCCCACAUGUUGCCUUUGACCGACCUAGAGAUCAAGUUCCAGUACCGGGGGCGUCCACCCCGGUCCCUCACCAUCAGCAACCCACAAGGUUGUAGGCUCUUCUACAGCCAGCUAGAGGCUACCCAGGAGCAAGUGGAACUCUUUGGCCCUGUGACCCUGGAGCAAGUGCGCUUCCCUAGCCCAGAGGACAUCCCCAGUGACAAACAGCGUUUCUAUACGAACCAGCUGCUAGAUGUCCUGGACCGUGGGCUCAUCCUGCAGCUGCAGGGCCAGGACCUGUACGCCAUCCGUUUGUGCCAGUGUAAGGUGUUCUGGAGUGGGCCCUGCGCCUUGGCCCAUGGCUCCUGCCCUAACCCCAUCCAGAGGGAAGUCAAGACAAAGCUCUUUAGCCUAGAGCAGUUUCUCAACGAACUCAUCCUGUUCCAGAAGGGCCAAACCAAUACCCCACCACCUUUUGAGAUCUUCUUUUGCUUUGGAGAAGAAUGGCCUGACCUCAAACCCCGAGAGAAGAAGCUCAUUACUGUACAGGUGGUACCCGUUGCAGCUCGGUUGCUGCUGGAGAUGUUCUCAGGGGAACUUUCUUGGUCGGCAGACAGCAUUCGGCUGCAGAUCUCAAACCCGGAUCUCAAAGACCACAUGGUAGAGCAGUUCAAAGAGCUGCAUCACAUCUGGCAGUCCCAGCAGCGGUUGCAGCCCAUGGUCCAGGCCCCUCCUGUGGCAGGCCUUGAUGCUGGCCAGGGGCCCUGGCCCAUGCACCCAGUUGGCAUGCAGUAAUGAGGCUACAGAUAGUGGCUGACUUGAACUUCCUAGGGGAGCCGUGUAGACUGAUAUAGCAAUGUAAUAGCCCCAGCAGGCCUAGUUGGCUGCAGGGUUCUGAGUCUCCUGGAAGCAGUCAGGGUAACAAGGACAUAGAAGAGAGGCCUGAGGUUACAUUUUCCCUAAACAUUUUCUAUGUGAGCACCACCUUCUGGUGAUUUCUUUAAUAUGCCUGGCUCUGAAGAAAUGAAGCCAGCAGCCCCAGUGGGAGGGAGGGAACAUCACUAGCCUGAGGCCUUCAAUACACAGGUCCAAUUACCCCAGGGUAGCCAACUUUUAAGGUUAUCCCAAUCCCUCGAGCAAAACCUGUCAAGGAGUGUUGUGGGGCUUGUGUAGAGAGUGGGCCUGAUUUGGGGGUUCCCUAGUUUGAAUCUUCUCAUCAUGCUUGUGACAAGGAUUUUGCCAGGCAUUUAGGGCUGACAGCUACCCUCCUUCAGAGUUUAAGAAGCUGGGACAGAAAGAAUUUAAUAUAUUUUUGGAUUAAUAAAUGUUAAAAGCAGG